AGUCGCAGAUACUUGGCUGCUUUCCAUAACCUCUGAAUCACGGCUGGACGAGAACGCGCUGCACCCCGAAUGUCAAACAGUUCAGGUAUUUGGAUCUGCUGAAGGGUGAGAACAUAUUUUGGGAAAACGAGUUUUUUAAGAAGCCGCAUGCUACGCAGAGCAUUAGUUGAUGUGAGGAGACGUGGAGUGUUGUUCUCGCAGUUAAGAGCCUACACCAUGCCGUCAGAUAAAAACAAGAACUGUAUAGUUUGGAUGGACUUAGAAAUGACUGGACUUGAAGAGAAGGAUACAAUUUUGGAGGCUAGCUGUAUUCUAACAGAUGAAAAUCUUAACAUUGUAGCCGAAGGUCCGAAUAUCGUUAUACACCAACCAGAUUCAGUUCUAAAUUCUAUGAAUGAUUGGUGUAAAAAGCAUCAUCAGGAGACUGGCUUAACCGAUCAAUCAAGAAAUUCUAAAAUUUCGACGGAGGAAGCAGAGAAAGCCUUGCUGAAGUUCGUCGAAGAAUACAUUCCACCUAAGACUUGCCCUCUCGCAGGAAAUAGUGUGUACAUGGAUCGGUUGUUCUUGCGAAAAUAUAUGCCACAAUUAAAUGACUACUUGCACUAUCGAAUCAUCGACGUAUCGUCCGUGAAAGAAUUAUGUAAACGCUGGAAUCCAACUUUAUUUUCUCAGGCCCCCCAGAAAAAAUUAGUUCAUCGUAGUUUAGACGAUAUUAAAGAAAGUAUAGAAGAACUAAAAUAUUAUAAACGGUACAUGUUUUUAAAUGAUCCAGAAGUGCACAAAACGUCAUAAGAUUUUAUUUAUAAAUUUAUCGUAAUAGUUCAAAGUAUAAUAAAAAGAUAUGAAUGCUGCUUUGAGAAAAAGCCAAUUAACAAAAAGUCGAUUUUUUGCAACCAUGAGUAAGUCUAUGUAAAAGCAAGUCAUUAUCAACGAAAGUAAUAAAUUCACUCAUUCAUUCAUUCAAAGUUAUUGUUUUACCGAAUGGUUUCGAAAUAUUGAAGAAAUCGAUGUCGCAAAUAUGUUCUAAGUUUCUAGAAUCGGUUGUCCCCAAACCUUGCUCUCCUUCUCUCUGGUUUCAAUAAUCACUGAAUAGUUUUAAAAUUGGAACUCGAUGCAAGUAACUUUCCGCUAAUGUUUCUCGAUACACAUGAUUCCUCAACAUGUUGAUAAUUGUAUUAAAUAGUAAAUUAUUUUUAUUUAAAAUAAAUUACGUAAUUGUUCAAUUUGCACAUCCAACAAAAAACGGG